AGGAUACGCUAUCAAUCCUAUCAUAAAAAGUACAACUUUAUCGCUAUCCUCCUACCUCCCAAACAAAAUUAUUGUUAUGAGUACUUGUUUUCUUUUACAAGCCAAUAAGUUAUACUAACGUAUUGACUUUCAAAGCUACUAUAUUAGGUUUAGCCUCAAAUUCGCUUUUAAAGAAACCCCCUUUGUUUAUUAUCACAAGCAAACAUGACAGACUUGCAAAUUCGUUUAUUGCGGCACGCGCUUAUUAUCUUGCUUGGUGGUUCAUAUUUGAUUUGUUCAACAAUCUUAAUACUAAUGCUUAUUCCACCAUUUACACUCUUUGGGUGUUUUUUUUUGCCAACCGCUGUUGGGUGUAGCGUUGUUGGUGCUUAUUGUAUUGCAUGGUUGGCAUAUUUAUCCUUUGCUCAAACAGAUCGUGAAUUCAAUGUUCCAUAUAACCCCAAACGCAUAAUAAAAGUUAAUUAUGCCAUAUUUCAAGCAUUGUGGGCUUCCAUAUUUUAUCUGCCAUUAUUAGCAGAAUAUGGAUAUCUGAGAUUCUUUGUAUUAAGGAAAAAGCUUCGGCGAAUUAUAAAAGAAGACAUAUUUUAUGGAAGCCAAACGAAUACAAAUCGUCUUGAUGUUUAUAUUCCCGAUACCGCAAAGUUACAGCAACAAUUUUUUGAUAAAGCUACACAUCCCGUGAUUGUGUUUAUUUAUGGUGGAGCUUGGGGCUCUGGCGAUAAAAUAAUGUACAGUCUAUUAGCUCUCCGAUUAAGACAUCUGGGUUACGUGGUAGUUGUCCCUAAUUAUACUCUAUAUCCAAAUGCGAAGAUUGAUCUAAUUAUUUCUGAUAUCAAACGAUCUUUAGUUUGGACGAAAAGAUAUAUCAAUAAAUUUGGUGGUGAUCCUAAUAAAAUCCAUCUUAUGGGGCAUUCAGCAGGCGCCCAUUUAGCUUCUCUCGUAACAAUUAGAGAUGCAAUUAUUAAAUCUCAAACUAAUUCAAACCUGGUAGCUCGAGAAUUUACGAAUUUAGAAGAUAUUGAUCCUGAAUUAGAGUUGCCAAAAAUUCAUGGAUUAAUAUUAUUGUCUGGCGUGUUUGAUAUAUCAAGACAUUUUAUAUGGGAAUCUAACCGUGGUGUAGAGGAGAUUUCUGCAAUGGCUCGAGUAAUGGGUGGCACACAAGAAAGCUUUGCUUUGAAUUCACCUACAACUCUUAUUGAAAAUGCUUUGAAAAGUAGAGAUAUAAAUAUGGAUAAGCUAAAAAGGUUGAUGCCUGCAAAAAUAUUGUUUAUUCAUGGAAAUAAGGAUAAAGUUGUUCCAUUAGAAUCUACAUUAAGAUUUAAUGGUAUGUUAAAUGAAUUAAACAUAAAAGAUCUAAGACUAAGAAUACCUGCAGAAAUGGCUCAUAGUGACUCAGUGACUGGCUUUAUGUAUAGUCCUUUUAAAAACAAUUAUACUUCUCAACUAUUAUAUGAACUUGCUGAUUUCAUGUCAUGUUAAUUAUUUAUUUUAAUAUUAUACAACCCUUAUAAUUAAAAAUUUUAUUUCAGAAAUAAUAGUAAUAUAUAAGCAAUAUUAGAUAAUUUUUAUUAUAA